CAAUCCAAAAGAGAAAUAAAUAUCAACAUCAAUAUCAAUAUCAAUAUCAAUAUCGACAAAUACACCCUGCGCUACCGGUACAGGAUGAAUGGAUGCCAAGGCUCCAACAACUCAGGCUAAGAGCAGUUAGGAACAACAGCGCUCAGAUGAAGUGAAGUAUGAUUUUAUUUCGGUAUCAAGAUUGCUCUGUGCAGCAAGGCAAGAAUAGGACAAGUGAGUAAGAAUCCAGUUCUGCUGCCAAAGUGACAGGAACAUAUCAUCCAAAAUGUCAUUUCUUCACUUGCGAAUGCGAAACUCGAAUAAAUCSACCUUUGAUGGUAACAGAGGUCGGUUUCAUAGCACRGUGAACAACACAUCCCUCCUCGGUAUGUUGCUCAUGCUUCCACUACUUAUAAUCAAUGCCGAAGCGGUGAAUACUACUGCUCUCGGGAAUGAACUAGCUACUCUUGGMGCAAGUAAUGMCGCUACGAACGCCAGWGUUUUCCGCCAGGACUUUUGUACUCCGUACAGAGSCAUGAUGAAUAAGUCCGAUUUUAUUGACAUCCCCUCCGCUCUGAGUGGAUCCGAGUUGUCAGUGGUCACCUUUCCAUCAAAAUACUUCAUCUAUGAUUAUGAAACGGGAAUCGACCCCGUCUAUCCGGGAAUCCACGCCAGGAUGCUUGACUACAUUGCAGAGAAAGGAAAUUUCACUUGGAGGAAUUCGUUCGGAGUUUUCGAGAGAGGCGGUAUUAAUAAUAAGGAACUCCUGAACCAGAAAACAAAAAACUACGAUGUAUUURUUGGUGUCUUCAGCCCAUCACCCGAGCGCAUGAGUCUAGGCGUUUCCUUUGUGGACGGUCAUGCCGACGGAAGCAUAUUGAUGAUCCGCGACGUCCCUCCUCCAGAWGAUAAGAUUAACUGGUUCAACUGGACGAAUCCCUUCACGCCAAAUGUUUGGUWCGCSCUUAUUGGCAUCGUCKUUAUGUCUGCCUUCGUCUACCAACUCAUCGAGACCAUCGGAAAAGGACCAGAAGACGACGAGAGAUCYGCCCGCGUCUGGCUCAAGGACAAUCUUUACCUAACCUUCAUCAAUUUUACGGGCAACUACAGUUACGAACCAUCUACGCUAGGAGCUCGCGUCUUUGGUAUCGUUUUUGCCUUCUGGGCUAUGCUAAUUACCGGUACGUGAAACUAUUACAAAUUAUUAUGMGUUGUGAUCCCRAGUCACAACGAGAUCAUUCUUGUAUCGACCGACUAACCCCAUCGGUUUCACUCGCAACUGGACGAUGAUUGAUUCGCACUAGCUGCAUAUACGGCAAAUUUGGCGUCGCUCUUGGUUGGACGCGAAGUAUAUGGCCUCCAAAUCAAUASUAUUCAGGAUGCCGUGGCUCAGAACUUUAAGAUAUGCGUGGAUGAAGGUACAUUUGCGGAAGACAUUCUGAKACAGGAACACCCCGAAACUAUCCCGCUCUUGGUGCCCUUGCCUAAUGAACAAUUGUAUGAUUCCCUCAACAGGGGAGACUGCCAAAUUUUGAUUGAGUACMUGUCGGACUGGAAAACUACCAAGUUYCAAGUCAAGGAAAACCCAAAGUGCACCCUCAAGUGGGAAGGGCGAAAGAUCAAGUCCAUCAAAGACGGCUUUGCGACUCGGAUGGACCCCGGUAUCCUUUGUACAGACCUAGUCAACCAGGUGCUGAGCUAUUACGUCAGAUACAUGGAGUCUCAGGGCGUUCUGAAGGAACUUUGGGACGAGCACGUGGAUUACUACUCCGUUGACGGGCAUUGCGACGAAGAGCCGGACCCACUGUUGGACGCGUCCGAAACGUCCGAGACGCCGGACGGGAGUGCCCGCCGUUUUCUAGAAACCAUCGGAGACGCACGUGGUACCCGCCGUUUCCUCUCGGAAGACUCAUCGGAAGACGGCGACUCGGCUGCGCUUACGCUGGAAGACAUGGCGGGAACCUUUGCCCUUCAGAUUGUUGGAUCGGUGUUUGCGAUUUUCGUUUCCACUCUUUCCUGGUACGAGAGAAAGAUGAGGAAGAAGCGAACCGAGCGCAAACGGAAGAAAUCCGUUGCCGAGGGGAAUGCCUCGCACGGUAGUGUUUMUACCGGUGAAAACGGAGAAGAGGAAGGACGAGUGGACACAAAUGCGAGCACCCGUGGUGCUUCUGUCGACCAACAGCUGCGUGAGCUCAACGAUCGAACAGAACUCCUGGACRAAAAGCUGGAAGCCCUGUCCGACAUGAUGCGGCAACUCCUGGAAGAUAAGAAACCCACGCACCCGUACCGCUGAUUGCGCAUUGCUACCGCCGGGAGAACGAGAGACCGGAAACGAAACAUGGUUCCCCCGGGCCCAGCAGCACCAUCCAUUUUUACAGAGCGAAGCGUUUUUGCGCGUACGGACGAAACGCCAUUCCGCAGAGAUGCCUCGCCCGGAGCGAAGGAUAGUGCAAAGAACCUAUACUG